AUGGCAGGCGGCGUCGCGCAUCCGUACUAUCCGCGCGACAUCGUGUUGCCUGACUACGUCCCACCAGCGUGGAGCACGGCCGAGCUCUUCGGCGUUUUCGGGGUGGCCGUCGGGGUGAUCUUCACCCUCUCAUGGCUCUUCGCACGCUCAUGUCGCCAUCUAUCAGCGUCGGAGCGGUUCACCUUCAGCUGGUGGGCCGUGACGGGUGCCAUUCACAUGCUCAUGGAGGGAGCAUUUGUCGCCUUCCCCGCCCUCAUCAGCAGCACCAGCAAGGCCUUCCUCCUCGAUGCCUGGAAGGAGUACGCCAUAUCGGAUUCACGAUAUGCUACCCGUGACACCUGCAUUGUCUCUCUCGAGGCAGUCACUGCCUUCAUCGAAGGCCCUGCCUGCAUCCUCAUUCUGUAUGCCAUCGCAGCCCGGAAGCCCUUCAGCAAUCUGCUGCAGUUCACAGUGUCUCUUGGGCAGCUGUACGGAGCAGCUGUGUACUUUGCCACGAGCUACUUGGAAGGCUUUCCCCACUCAGACCCCCAUCCGAUCUAA